AAGAAAAAAAAGAAAAAAGUAGGGAAGGGAAGGGAAGGAAAGGAAAUCAAAACAAAAACCCUAGGGUUCUAGCCAUUUGCUUCUUCUUCUUUUUCACUGUAGGCUUUCUGUUCUAAAUGCUAUUGCUUUUAUAUCCAAAAUUCAACCUUUCAAUAAUAGUAACUUAAAAGAAAACAAGAUUUGGUAAAAGCUAGAAACUGAAAGGCAAUGGAGGGUAGAUUGGCGAAUUCUUGGCGAUUGACAGUGAACGACAAGAAUUUCAUCAAAACUGCGUUGCUUUCUGAAAUUCGAAUCGAUGGUCGAAAGCCCUUUGAAUACCGUAAGAUUUCAAUCAAGUUUGGCAGGCAAGAUGGGUCAUCAGAGGUGCAGCUAGGCCAGACUCGUGUUAUGGGAAUGGUUACUGCUCAAUUGGUUCAGCCUUAUAGAGACCGGCCUAAGGAAGGGAUUCUUUCAAUCUUCACAGAAUUUUCUCCAAUGGCUGAUCCUUCAUUCGAGCCAGGCCGUCCAGGAGAAUUGGCUGUGGAGUUGGGACGUAUUGUUGAUCGUGGUCUAAGGGAAAGCAGGGCUGUGGAUACUGAAUCACUAUGUAUUCUAGCUGGCAAGUUUGUAUGGGCUAUUCGGAUUGAUCUCCACAUUCUGGAUAAUGGAGGAAACCUUGUUGAUGCUGCUAAUAUUGCUGCUUUGGCUGCUCUACUGACAUUCCGGAGGCCUGAGUGCUCAUUAGGAGGAGAAGAUGGUCAGGAAGUAAUAGUACAUCCACCUGAGAUAAGGGAGCCUCUUCCUUUGACGGUGCAUCAUCUUCCAAUUGCAAUAUCCUUUGGAUUUUUCAGUAAUGAGAGCAUCCUAGUAAUAGAUCCGACUCACAACGAGGAAGCUGUUAUGGGUGGAAGAAUGACUACAACAGUUAAUGCAAAUGGUGAUAUUUGUGCAAUUCAAAAAAGCGGUGGAGAAGGUGUCCCUCGAAGAGUUAUCAUGCAAUGCUUGCAACUUGCUACGUCAAAGGCUGCCAGUAUAACAAAGCAAAUAAAAGAUGCAGUUGAGGUCUUCAACACGGAAAGAGCAUUACGAAAGAUCAAGCGCCACCCUACAUCUACCGGCGAUGAUGUUAGAGAGAAACAAAACUAGUAAGUUGGUCACCAGCUUAGUAAGUACUGUGGAGAAUCAAGGGAAAGCAUGUAGAUGCAGUCAUUGCAGAUCCUACUUUUUUUUCUCGUGUAAUUUCACUACUUGGAUCUUCAUAAUUUUCUGUAUUUUGUUGUUCAGUGCAGAAUCUCAGUUUCUGCAAAUUCAGCACCAUAAGUUAAUUAUGUUUUUUUUUUUUUUCCAAAUUUAGUAUUAUUCUAGGAAAUUAGGUUUUAUCAUUUUGGGUCCAAGUUGAUUUGCUUAUAUGGACCCUGGUUAUAGCUGGUUUAGAAGUUUUUAGCCAUCUUUGUAAUAUUUAUGUUAUCUUUCAUAUUUAGAAUGUUUUGUUCAAUGAAAUUUAAGAGUUUCCCCA